AUGCCUUAUAAUCUGUUUGAUUGUGAAGAUAUAGGGAAAUGCCUUUUUGGAAAUUUGAUAAUGUUUGAUUGUGGAUAUCAGGGGGCUAUGCUCUUGAUAUUAGUCCUUCUUGGUGUUGCAGUUUGUACUGUUACAGAUGUGACUGUCAAUACAAAGGGUUUUAUAGCUGCUUUAGUGUCAGUUUGGAGCAUGGUGCUGCAGCAGUAUUAUGUACACUAUCUUCAACGGAAUUAUUCUCUUGGAUCUUUCAACUUAUUGGGGCAUACUGCUCCAGCACAGGCAGUAUCCCUUCUUUUAGUUGGGCCCUUUCUGGAUUGUUGGUUGACUAGUAAAAGAGUUUAUGCAUAUGAUUAUACUCUCACAUCUGUGUCAUUCAUAAUUCUGUCCUGUACCAUUGCGGUAGGGACCAAUCUCAGUCAAUUCAUCUGCAUAGGCAGAUUUACGCCUGUGUCAUUCCAAGUUCUUGGUCAUCAUUGUUUUUUCUCUUCCUGGAAUUAUCUCAUUGUUAACACUUUUCGAUGUGUUUUAUUCUUCUGUUUGUUAUGUGCUUGAACAUACAUGUAUAUCAAAUUCAUCGAAAGCCCGUGGGGCUAAAUUGUUUUGUUGGAAGUAUAUAUUUUCUAUACAAGGAAAUUCUGCUAUAACCAACGAUAAGCAUAUGCAUUAAAACCAAAUUCAGAACUUGAAAGGCUAUACAAAAUAUUUAUUCUAUGUAAAAGGAUGGCUUUAAGCUUAGUGGAGUCCUAAA